UCACGGUUUCAAUGGACUCGUUCGCUCAUUUAUUACCUCUACUGCUUCUCAUUGUUGCUCCCUGAAGUCUGCCUACUCCGAGCCCCACAAAGAUGUACUCCCAGUUUGUCAUCGCGGCCCUAGCAGCCACUGCCUCUGCCUCUACCAACCUCUUUCCUGGGCAUGUGGCUAUCCGGCGUGAUCUCCUGAUCGCUCGCCAGACCACUGACUCUGGUGCAGCCCCCACGGGCACAUCGGGCGACCUUUCCGAUAGCGAAUGCCAAGCAUCUCUCAUCUCAAUCGCAACUGAGCUUCCCACCCCCAGCGAUGACCUUCUGGAGUGGGAGCAGUCCCAGCUAGAGGCCGGCACGGAUCCCUGCUCUAUCACCUCGGUCCCGGCCACGCUCAGCAGCCAGUACUCCAGCUAUACCGACGCGGUGUUGUCGUGGUACUCGGAAAGCAGCUCCGAGCUGAUCGCAGCCAUCUCGGCCUGCCCUCAAUACGCCGGCGCGGUGUCCGAGGCCGAUGUCUGCACCAAAGUGACCAUGACCAGUGGGUCUGUCGAGCCGUCCGCUACCCAUGCCACAGGGAGUGACAGCAGCGAGCCCUCUGCGACGGGCUCGGCUGCGACGGGCCACUCCACCGGUACUGCUACCGAGUCUACUGGUACUGCUUCUGGCUCGGCCUCACAGUCGACCGAGACCACGGCCGGCGCGCCACUUCGGGAGGCCGGGAUUAUUGGAGCCGUCCUGGCCGGUGUUCUCGGCGUGGCUGUUGUCCUGUGAUUUCAUCCAGCGAAUCCAGAACUUUAGAAUGCAAGGCUUCAGGGGCUUGGAAUGACAAGGGUAAUUCAUGGCUUGACUAGAUUGUAACAGAUUGACAAUCGAUAUUGAAGAAUGUUUGGAGGUGUCCCGAGGUCACCACAGAUACCAGAUACGCAAAUAAAUCUCGACAUUGCAGGCACUUGAAGCAAAUGCAAGCAAAAUUCCUC